CUGGAACUAUAAUUACAAUCACAUGGGUGGGUAACUUCCAGCAAAGGAAAGAAAAAUGGAGAAAAUUUGCUUUGAAACAGAAGAAUAGGGUAAGAUUUUAGGUUUUAAUCCUGCAAACUGUAUAUAUGUGUAAAGUUAUGCACAUGCAGGAGUGAGCCUUACAGUUGAACUGAGCUGAAGCAGGAAAGCAUUCUUGUUAGGUUGCUAAAUGUUUUUGAUAACUGACCCUAAAGAAGGGAACAACUGUUGCAACAGUGGAAGCUAGUAGAAUCUGGCACAGGAGAAAUCAUUAAUGGAAAAGGUGAAGAAUGCAUCAGUUUUUUCUGGAAUGAGGAGCAUGGAUGCUGGUCCUGUACCUUCUAACAAAUCAGGAUUUCUAACUGGAACAACUUUUCCACUUGAUCAGAACAGACCGCAAGUAAUACGUAGAAAUCCAUUUGGAAUGGACAUCUGUUGUCGGAAGGGGUCAAGAAGCCCGCUCCAGGAACUGUACAAUCCCAUCCAGUUGGAGUUGUCUAACACAGCAAUCCUUCAUCAGAUUAGGAGAGACCAAGUCACAGAUACAUGUCGAGCCAACAGCAUGUCUAGCAGGAAACGCCGUGUGCUGACACCCAACGAUCUCAAACAUUUGGUGGUGGAUGAAGAUCAUGAAAUGAUCUAUUGUUAUGUACCCAAGGUGGCCUGUACAAACUGGAAGAGAGUCAUGAUGGUCUUGACAGGAAGGGGCAAAUACAGUGACCCCAUGGAAAUACCAGCCAAUGAAGCCCAUAUAUCCUCAAACCUGAAGACCCUCAACCAGUACAGCAUUCCAGAGAUCAACCACCGCUUAAAAAGCUACAUGAAGUUCCUGUUUGUCCGUGAGCCUUUCGAGAGACUGGUGUCAGCCUAUAGGAACAAGUUCACUCAGAAGUACAACACCUCCUUUCACAAGAGAUACGGUACCAAAAUUGUGAGGCGCCAAAGGAAAAAUGCCACCCAGGAGGCUCUGCGUAAAGGUGAUGAUGUGAAAUUUGAGGAGUUUGUGGCAUAUCUCAUUGACCCAAAUACCCAAAGAGAAGAACCUUUCAAUGAGCACUGGCAAACUGUCUACUCCCUCUGCCACCCCUGCCAUAUCCAUUAUGACCUCAUAGGAAAGUAUGAGACACUUGAAGAUGAUUCCAAUUACAUCCUUCAACUUGCAGGAGUAGGCAGCUACCUGAAGUUCCCCACCUAUGCAAAGUCUACGAGAACUACUGAUGAAAUGACCACAGAGUUCUUCCAGAACAUCAGCUCGGAACACCAAACACAACUGUACGAAGUCUACAAACUUGAUUUUUUAAUGUUCAAUUACUCAGUGCCAAGCUACCUGAAACUGGAAUGAGGGGGAGGAGGAGGAGGAAAGAAAGCCUGUUUUAUUUAAGAUUUUUAUUUGUCAUAAUAAAUAUGGAGAAUUGUUAUUUUGUAAAUUAAUAUUUUCUUUUUGAAUGAUGCUGCGAGCAGCACAGUCAAAAUUAUUUAAAUCAUCUGUAAGAAAGGACAGUUCUCUUUGCGGGGUAACAGGAUGGUGGUGAUCUCGCUUUAGAAAUGAAUAUUACUGCUACACUGUUUAUAAACGUUAAUUGUGUUCUGGUGAAUUUCAUUUAUCUUUGCAUUCAACAAAUUCUAAUUAAUGUUAUUUAUACUUAUUUAAAACAUGGUCUCUUGGUAGGUUUCACUUGAGCAGCAGAAAUACAAUAAUAUUUGGACAAAGGGAAUCUGGUUUUGUGCUUUCCUCAGCUGAAUUUAUUUGUUUAUUGUUACUAGCCGUAUGUUUUGGAAACCCUAGUAGAAAUAAUUUCUUCCAAGGCACUUAAAGCAAAAUUAGAAAGUUCUCUUCUCAUACAAGAAAGAAAAAUAUGAAACACAUUUUGUUACAAAAAUAUUUAAAAUCCAGGACCAAGAGAAAUUGGUUUCUUCAAGGGAUACAUUCAAGCAUACAUUUCUUAUCUGGACAUGGUAAUAUCGCCAGUAUCGUUUGUGUCCCAGUGCCUGGCAUGUCCAAGCCUGCCAGCCCAAUGAAUGCUGACAGGGAUUUGUGCAUAUUACAGACCAACAAAGUAUGUGCCAAGAGUUUCAAAAUUAACUAGAGAGUCUGAAUGCUCAACCUGAGCCACUUUAAUGGAGGCCUGAUUUCAGCGUGUGGGUGCUUAACAUUUUCUAAAAAAAAAAUCAGGCCCUUUUAAAAGAUCUUAAGUUGGGCACCACUAGUCACUUCAGAGAAUAUUGGCAAUAAGAAGUUUGUAUAUACGGUACAGGCAUCCAAAAAGAUCACCUUCAUAUUGAGCUGAGCAUACGGGGCAAUAAAAGCACUCCUGUAUCCUUAAUACAUGUUGGUUUCAUGGCCUCUCCCCUCCAGGGGUAGUGCUGUUUUCUAUUUAUUAGUCAAUAUUAAACACCAUUGGUGAGCGUGUUUCUAAUUUCCAGUGGUUUCAUACUGCACCUGAGCUCAGUCUAGUAUGAGAACAUGACCCUUUGAUGUAAGGUGAAUGUUUCCGUAGCAGUUGCUCUGUAUAUAAUGUUUGUUGAGAUGGCAUAUUGUGCCAGGAGGAGGAGAUUGUUCAAAACAUUCUCCAGAUAACAAAAUAAACAAAGUAUGGAUAAUUUUAGUCACAAUAAAUAAGAAAAAAUGGUAUUCUAAUCCAGAACUAUUAGCAAACUCAGUGCGAAGAAUACAGACUUCUCCAACUGCAAAAAUUAUUUAAUUUUAUCUGCGUUGGACGUAAAUGGGAUCCGGCAGUGGGUAUGCUAUUUAUGAAAUAUUACAUACUCUCUACUGAGCUAUCUUGACCUGGAGAGGUAGCAGAGGGAACAAAUUCAAUACAUUGCUUUACCACUUUCUUCUGGCUUAUUUUCCUGGAGCUGAAAAUGGAACAGAGGACUUUGUCUGAACAAGGUGUUGAUGAUCUAGGCUGUCACUGUGACAAGUGAAAAGUACUUUAUCACCAUAAAAGCGAUAGGAUUUUACAAAAUCAAAGGUUACUAUUGAUUUUGCAAACAUUCAUUGGGCUUGGAUUUUGUUUUGCAUAAAACAAGGUGAUGGGUUAAAAAAAACCUUUCAAAGGUGCCUAUGUGAUUUAGGAGCCUACAUGUGAUGCUUUUUUUUAAACUUAUAGUUGUCCAUAUCCGUCUCUCACUAUAAUCAAAUUCCCAAUGUUUAAAAGUUGUGAGGAGGGUUAGAUAAAACAGCUCUGCUUUUGAUCCAAUAUAUCAGUCUCUGGGCUAGACCCUGGAAUUACACAGAUUUACAAUUGUGUCAGUCACCAGGACCCACACAGACACUGUUGACUUUUAAAGGGGACUAGGACUUAGAGGAAAUAGGAGUUGGUCUUAUUUUGUAAAGCUAUUGCUGGACAAAAAUCUCAGUCAGGACAAAGUAACAAAGCUAACAAGAAGCAACUAACAUACUUUCACAGCUGAAAUUUGGCCUUUAACCCCCCCGCCCCCAGUCAAUUCUAAAAUGGACAUUUUAUAUAUAAAACCCAGAUACUAUUUGGGAGAGAGGAUAGCAGUAGGGCGAGUAUGCAAUUGGCUGUCUGAAUUUAUGAAUUCCUCAGUGGUUUCUGAUUGCCUACUCAUGUUUUACUUGAAAGCAGUUUUGUCUUGGAUAGCGUGUGGGGAUCUGGUGCAAGUGCCUAUCACAGUGUGUGCCCUGUCUCUCUUUUAUUAUGUAGUUCACUGGUUAUAUAUUUGCUUUUUUAAAACCCCAUCUACACGGAUGGUGGAUUUUUUCUACAAGUUAUUUAUAGGUUGUAUCUGCUUGCUCAAUGUUGUGCCUGGCAGUAUUAGUAUUUUGGUCCAAUUUUCUCUAUCAUCCGUUGGGUGUGUUUUCCCCCUUUACAGGAAGUUAUUUUAAACUUGUCAUGUAAGAAAAAAUGCUGGUCAGUAAAUUUUUAAAAAAUAAGGAAUGAUGCACUUUCCCUCUGUCUUUUUGUUUCUACUCAUCCCUUGUCAUCACCACAAUUUCAUGUUUUAUAUAUUCUCUUUCAUUUAACUGUUUUGUGGAUGCAUUUUAUUUCAUGUUUUUUGCUAAAAAGCACUAGGUGGAGAAUGUUUGGCAAAAUGAGGAAAUUGCAUGCUAUUAAAAGAGCCAAGAUUUUCAACAGCAGCUGGUGAUUCGGAUGCCUAAAUUGAGGCAUUUUAAAAGAAGCCUGAUCUCAGAAGGCAGGUGCUCAGCACUUUCUGAAAAUCCUUAUAAAAGGUCUCUCAAAUUGGGCACCCAAAAUCGCUUGUUGUUCUUGAAAGUCUUGGGCCUAGUUUAUCACAGGCUGUUGAUUUAAAUAAGGUGGAACAAAUUUGACAACAUGGAGUAUAGUUUUAAAAAACCCAAAUUGACAAAUAGAAUAUGGUAAUAUCCUGCUUCCUAAUUGGGGCAAAACAAGAGGAUCUACCUAAAACUAGGGUGUAUUGAUUUGACUGAGCCAAAUUUUCUUUUGCCUGAACCCAUAGAGAUGAGGAUCUUCCUAUAUAUUCACAAAGGCACCAUCCUUUCACAGUGAAAAGACUGGCAGAAAAACAAGAUUUCUCUUUUUUCUCCCACAAUUUCCCAAACCCAAGAUAAAAGAUUGAAUCCAGCAAUGGAAUUCAGAGCAUCCAUUUAUCCUUAAUUCCACUAACACACCACUCACACCUAAUAUUUGUUAAGACCAAUGAAAACUUCACAGAGCAG